GCCUGCUGCACCCAGGGAACAGAGCAGAAACUGGGGGAGUGGAGCCCAGGACCCAAGGUUCCAGGGGGAGGGGUCAGAGUCCAGCUCAUCUCAUAAACAGAGAAGUCAGGGCUCAGGGGAAGGGCAAAGGUUGGGAUCCAGGGCAUUGGCACUGGGGCCAGGAGGUGAGCUCCGGGCUUGGAGGAAGUGCCCACCUGGCUCCCAUGGCCUUCCUCGUGUCCGGAACGCUGCAGGUGGCUGCGCAGAUAGCAGAUGCUCAAGAUAGCCUGGGAAGAAAGGGGAAGUACAACCUGCAGGGUCCAAGGAUGGCCCUGACACUCAGCAGCCCUGAAGUUUUGGCCUCUACGGUGGCUGUCCUGGAGGACGUGUUCCAGAUCUUGGGCUUUGAGAGCUGCCAGAGGAGGGAGGCCUCAGUCCAGGAGUUCCUUGGGGAGCUGACUGGGUUCCGGAAGCAGCUGGAUGCCCAUGGGGGCCCUAUGGGUUGUGCCCUAGUGGCCUUGGUGGCCCUCAGUGGGCAGCUGAGGCAGCCGCAGCAGCUGGUCAGGGAGCUGAGCCGCUGUGGAGCCCUGCGGGGUUGCCCCAAAGUCUUCCUGCUGCUUUCAAGCACUCCUGGGGGUGCCCCUAAGCCUAGAGCCUUCCUCACUGAACUGGGUGAGCUCUGUCGCCGCUGUUCUCACUGGUCCCUGCUGCAGCUGCUUACAGAGGUCUUCUGCAGGAUGGCUGAAGAGUCCUCAGGGGCUACCUACUGCCCAGUCCUUCGGAGCUCUUUGCGGGGGGCACUGUGCUUGGGGGAUGUGAAGCCCUGGAGGCCCAAGCCAGAACCCAGCUUCAGCGCUCAGUAUGAUCUAUCUGGGACCAGGGCUGCCCUCCUCCUAAGUGUGAUGCUGGACCGGCCUGGGGCCCAGCAUGACGUGAAGGCACUGAGGGACCUGUGCCAGGCCCUGGGCUUCGAGACCACACUGAGGACAGACCCUACAGCCCAGGCUUUCCAGGAGGAGGUGGCCCAGUUCCGGAAGCAGCUGGAUACCCACAGGGGCCCUGUGAGCUGUGCCCUUGUGGCCCUGAUGGCUCAUGGGGGGCCUCAGGGGCAGCUGCUAGGGGCUGACGGGCAAGAGGUACAGCCAGAGGCGUUGGUGCAGGAGCUGAACUGCUGUGGGGCCCUGCGGGGCCGCCCCAAGAUCUUCCUGAUCCAGGCUUGCCGUGGGGGUCACAGGGACGCCGGCAUGGGGCUCAUAGCUCUCCCUUGGUUCUGGCGCUGGCUGCAGGCACCACCAGCCAUCCCCUCCUAUGCUGAUAUCCUCCAGAUCCAUGUGGAUGCCCAAGGCAGCUCUUCCAGCGGCUUCACUCCAGGGAACUCUGACAUCCUGACGGUCUACGCAGCCACUGAGGGCUGUGUAGCCUAUCGGGAUGAGAAGAAGGGUUCAGACUUUAUCCAGACGCUGGUGGAAGUCCUCAGAACUGAUCCCAGGGGAGACCUCCUGGAGCUGCUGACAGAGGUCAAUCGUCAGAUGUGUGAGCUGGAUGUGCUGGGUCCCGACUGCGAUGAACGUCGUAAGGCCUGCCUGGAGAUCCACAGCUCGCUGAGGCGCCGGCUCUGCCUGCAGGCUUGACUUUGCUCACAGAAACCCGGUUAGUGCUAACAAAGAGUGGCCACACCCCAUUGCCACCACUGACUCCAUCCACCUCUCAGUUACCUCCCUGUAAACGGGGCAUCACGGCAGGGCGCUGGGCUCACCUGGGAUGCAAUAAACAAGUGUUAAUGAGCGUUGCACAUGUGACUAGCGUCUGCUCUCAGGGAGGUGGGACAAUAAGUAUGAAAAGUGCCUGGCACUUCGUAAGGGCACAUUUGUGCCCCUGGGAAGCAGAGCUGGGCCUGCAGGGAAUGGGAGGACAGCAACAUCCGAGAUUAAGGAACCCAACAUGGGCUAGGCUGAGCUGGAUGACCUGGGAAGAGGCAGCCCAGGGUUUUGACAUCGUUCAGCACACGCGCCCCACCUACACGCUGCGCUGUGCGAUGGAAAUACAGGAGACGCGGUAUCUGCCCCAGGAGACUGGGGCCACAGGACUGCAACAGAGCUUUGCAGGUUUGGCAGUGUUGUGAUGGGAGAAGCACAGGGGCUGAGAGCAGUGGGCAGCUCCUGACGCAACGUGGGUCGGGAGCACGUAGGGAAAGACAUCCAAAGGGUCCUCUCGGGGCUGGAGGGGCCUGGGCGGCCUCUCUGAGACUCGAGCUCAUAACCACAGGCUGGAGCGAGCUGUAUUCAGGUAGCUAGCUGUCAGUGCUCAGUUUAGCGCAAUAGCCCAAUUCCAAGCCUCACCCACACGGAGCCUGGGGGGCGGAGCUCUUUUGGACUCUGAGCAUGCGCAUUGAUACACACCACGCAGGCGCCUGUACAAGCUUUAUGAGAAAAGCUGCAGGACCGCUUAUUGCAAGGCCGCGUGGCCUAAUGGAUAAGGCGUCUGAUUCCGGAUCAGAAGAUUGAGGGUUCAAGUCCCUUCGUGGUCGCUGCUGGACUUCGUUUUUCUCUCUCUGCGCAAAAUUUACCCCCUCUCAGGAUUGCUCCCUGGCUCAGGUUUGGGAUCCUCCGGGAGUGCCACCCUCCGGUCCUCCUGACUAUGUGGAAGCAGUUCUGCACCUGCAACCACAGAGUUCGGCACUCAGGGUCAGGAUUGCACCCAAGGCAACUGCCAGGGCACUGCCAAGACUAACUCUGGUGGGACCCGGACGGACUGCAGAUCGUGAAGCCAACGGUCCCUCCUCCCAGGAGCCCACUGGGAAUGGGUUACAGGAAAUAUGUAUAGUUCAAAAGAAGAGAACUGUAACAGAGAGGAGUUGGAUUGUUGAUAGGGGGUCCGGGUACGGUAGUUGCCCCUGGGUGCAUUUAAAAAUAUAACAGAGGUUUGGGUAUAGAUAAUGGUAAUGGUUGCACAAUAUUGUGAAUGUAACU